CUUUCGUAGGUACUCUCCAUCAUUGGCGCUCGGCCAGCCAAUAUCGAUUACACCCCAAGGAAAUUUCAUUUUUGUACCCCAACCGCCCGCCCCUACACACCAUCACAAACACAAGCCUGGAAUAAAACGUGGUGAGGCUGCGUUGAGGGCAGACUCACCUCAAUUCCUCCCCACCUCUAGGGUCUUUAAGGCUCUCUCACGGCACCUGUCUCAUCGACAGGCGUACUGAAAGUUCCAUUCCCAAUCCUUUCAAAUGAUUCGGUAUGGUACAUCACAGUAUAUCUCCAGGAACUGGUUAUUGACACUUACGUAACGUUCAGGCUGCAUACCUAUCUAUGCAAGUCAAAUGCUGACGGAAGCCCAAAGAGCCUUGUUAAUUAUUCUAUGCCUCAUCUUUAGCAUUAAAUAUGAGGCCGUCCCCGUCUUGGUAGCACGAGUUCCUCGACUUGUCCUUGGAUUGACCAAUUUCAUCAGUUUCCCCGGAUAUGUUACUUCUUUCCGGCGACAAAGCCUCCAAUCAUAGAGAUGUCAGAUAUUUCAACCCAACCUUCUCCAAGAGGUCCAAGUUCCAUUGUGUCUAACCCAGGGUCUAGACCAAAACGUCAAUUUGCUGAUCAGAUCCGCUCAUUUGCUGACAGAACCCCAGAGGGUUAUCUCGUCCCCGGUAGACAUUUUGGCCCAUUGAGCGAACUUUUGGACACCUCUCUGCAACAGAAUGGGCCCAAUACAAGCACUGGUCAAACUUCUGCAUCAUCGCCAUCUCUAAGCCAAGGACCCGGGAACCUCCAUAUGGCUUUCACACCGAUCUACUUGGUUCACCCAGAAAACGACUCCGUUCCCAACCCGUUUCAUCACGUUGCGAUCAAUAUCCGUGACGAGUUGGACCAAAUAUUGUCACAGCGCCAAAAUCUCGGGCCAAACUCCAAUCUACUUGUGUUUCUUCAUGGCUGGCAAUCGCCAACUUCGCUCCGACUACUUGGGGCGUACUGCGGACUCGACCCCGAGAUGUUUCGGUGUCACCUCAGCUUCCUCGCUUCCACCAAGCUCUUUGACCAACCGCCACUCCCUUCCCAACAAUUAUCCAUCUGGAGAAUCCGGACCGUGACGAUCUGCGAAUUCAGACUACCUGGGGACGCACUUGACGCUGAAGAGCUUGAACGUCGACGGCAGAGUGCUCAGCGGGAUGUCCAGAGGUACCUUCAGAGACUUGGAUCUACGACGGACGAGGGAACACCAAUUAUACGCCACUAUUCUGUGAUAGACAGCACGACGUCGGUUCUUGAACAGGAUAUUUCUUUUUGUGUCAGCAAAAAAGAUGACGGUUGGAUCGGAACAAUCUGGACGGACAGCGGCUUUCCACUUGAGUGUGAUAAGGCGCUCGUCCAACGCACUGAAUCUGCCAAUGCGCAGGCGGAACGACAAGAGAGUUACGUACCUCUUGUUCUACACAGACCGAAGAUAGCAAUCUCACCACCCGAGUUACCCGCUAACCCUCCUCCGGCGAUUAGCAGCCAGCCCCAGACUCCGUUCUAUCCAGCGACCUUGCCACCUUAUCCGAAUUUCUUUCACUUGGCCAGUCAAUAUGGGUCAUCGCUGGACCCAAACCUCGCUCGGCGUGAUGCAUUGUAUGCAUUCAGCGAACUGAUAUCAAUGGCAGCAAGUUCAGAACACCAGCUCCUGAAUUUACUGAAGUAUCACAUCGAUAUCGCGCUUCACCGGUUUCAGGGCAUUGAGAAUUGGUCGCUAGCGCACUUGAAGCAUCUAACCGCCCUAGUCGAGCGUGCCAUCGACGAGAGCAAACGGGUUGUUUAUCUUCUCGAAAAUGAAGGGUAUACCCAAUGGCCUAGCGCUCAUAAAGACCGAGCCGCUGUAACGAGGGUCGGAUCUAACCUUCGUAGCGGGGGCAGUGGUGGCGUCGGUAACGGUUACUCGGAGAGCAGGAACCCAAUAGACAUGCACGAUACCCGCGAGAGAACUCGAAAGUUGCUGUUGGACGACUACCGGUCCAUAUUACACCGAGCACAGUCCAUAAAGAAAGCAGUCGAUAGCGGGAUGGCAGUUAUCACAACAGAGAUCAGGAUGCAAGAGGCAAGAAGGUCGACCGAGCAGGCCCAUAAAAUCGGACGCAUCACGGUGCUCGCCUACUUCUUUUUGCCGUUGUCUUUCGUUACAUCGAUUUAUGGUAUGAACUUCAUUGAGUUCAAAGACGACAACAUGUGGAAGGGAAUUGCUGCAUACGUGGGAACUACAGUGGGAAUCUUGAUUCCUUCCAUGGUUUUAUGCUUCUGGAAAACAGCCUGGUUAAGAGGUUCACAGAGGGAUGAGAGUGGAUGGGAAGGCGGCCAAAGUUGAGCAUCUGAAGACUUAGCAUAACAUGCGUUCAGUAUAUUACAUUAUAGAAAUUAAGGGAAGUUUGGCACCUAUGGGCUCGAUAACUAGUGUUACGGAAUAAUGUAUAGAGAAGCAACUGGCUGGGUCACUCUAUCUGUACAUGCUAUAUUCAGGCUCACUGCAG